GUAAUUGUGAAAAUUUCUGAUUUUGUGUAUCCCAGGGUGCACAGAUGAGUGAAAUACUUAUCUGGCCUGAUAUCAUAUACCAGUCCUAGAUUGAUGGCUCUUUUGGGGUUUACAUGUCCAGCUCCAGUCGCGAAAACUCCUAUUUAAUAGCUGCUGGGGUCUAUGUUGGAUGAGCUAAGUGAAUCAGAGCAGUAAUUCCACCGACAUGUGGACAAGCCAUGGAAGUCCCUGACAUGACGGUGAAGUUCACUCUUCUAGAAUCUUCUGGAAGAGCGAUGGGGCCCAAGUUUUGAGGCCAGGCAGCGAUGAUGUUCACUCCAGGAGCAAGAUUGGAUUUGAGGAACAUAUAUCUCAAUGAUGAGUUUUUUGUACAUCUCUUAUUUCAUAUAGGAAUGAUGUUCACUCCAGAAUCCCUAUAUUUAACAUUUUAAACUGAUUUUUGGUAUCUGAAAUCCAUACCCACUAAAAAAAAUUAUCAUUUCAUGAAAAGAAAUUGGCUUCAUAAAUAAAUACAAAUAAGAAAAGAUGAAUUUGAUGACUUGGGAGUGAACAUAGCAAAAAUUCGUGUUGUUAGUGGGUGACUCCAUUGAAGGGGGUGUGCUUUUUUGUGAGUGGAUUUUGAAAUUGACUCAAAGCUAGUGUACCUCUUUAUUCGUUUCAGCUAACUUUAAUAUGUAGAAAGCACUUUGAUUUCUUCAUCUCUGAAUCUGUUCUUCUCACUGUUUCGUCAGAACUUGGUCGUUGAUUUUCCCAUCUUAUGUGUGUUCACAGUCAAUAAAUAUGCAGUGGAUUUAUUCUGUCUUCUCUUACGUUGAGUUCCCACAAGGAUAAUGCAGUUGCAGAUAACAGUACUGAUCAUGUGGCUUGAAACAACUAUUAAGCAAAUUGAAGAAGCAUUCAAGGCGUUUACAACAAGAGAAGACGUUGCAAUAGUGAUGAUCAGCCAAUAUGUUGCAAACAUGAUAAAGUUUUUAGUAGAUAGCUACAACAAUCCAAUUCCAGCAAUUUUGGAGAUUCCUUCCAAGGACCAUCCUUACGAUCCAACACAUGAUUCUGUUCUUUCAAGAGUGAAGUACUUCUUCUCCAUUUCUUAUGUUGGCUUAUUAAUAGCUAUAGAGGUCUAUGUGGAGAAGUAA